UGAUCAGCAGCAUGAAUACGCAUACAGUUCACUGCUGAAAUAUUACCCCCACUGCCUGUAGCAACCUAUUGGCAGGAAAUAGGAAAGAAGGAGAAACAAAUAGCCUUCUUUGGCUCCCACCUAUAUACCAUUUAAAAAACACAUUUGCAACCGCUAUGAGCCACUGCAGCUUCAGUACAGUAGUCUGGUUUCUGGAUUAAGACAGAAAACAGCGUAAUUGGAACCAUCCCUAUAUAUUUCACAGUAGAACCAUAAGCCAGCUGCCAGCAGGUUGCUAUGAAGCAGUAAUUAAAUAACCAUGCAACAAGAAGCAGAUGCAAUUGGAGAAAAUUAUUCUUCCGCCUGAUGACUUAACCAAUUUGUUCUACCUACAUUUUUGCAUUAUUCGAUGAUGACGACUGACUCAAAAUUUAACAAUGUUUUAUCCGCGUAAUAUGCUGUGAAAAAUGGAAACUGUCCAUCAGGCUCUAUAACGUUAUGUCGUAAACAUGAAGGUGACUGGUUCUGAGCAAGACCAGGUGGUAUUUUCUUUUGGAUUGUGGUUCUGUGUCUGUGUGGCUUUGGUGAGAAGCAGUAACCACACACUCAUCUUUCAAAAAGAAAGUAACUUCCGCAAUUGCAGCUGCUUCUCCAGCAUACCAGACUGUGGGUUUGCUCUCGCCAACAUCGCAUGCAACUGUAAGACUGUCUCGUCUCAAGAAAUUGAUAAAUCCAGCCCAACCUUCAGCUAUGGCAGUGAAUUAGUUGUGUGGGUGUCAGAUACAGCUACAGUGGGGCUGUUGCUGAACUACUCAUCAGUUCCAAACCUCAGGCUGUCUUUGUGCAGUCCUAAUGCCGUACUUACUGAAUAUCUUGUUAUCUUUGGCCUGAAAAAACUCUGGGUGGCAAAUCCUAAGGCAAAUGCCUAUCCGCUACAAAAUAUAACGAUAUACAGCACAGGUGGCACAGCUGUCAAGUCAUCCUUGCAGAAUGGCACAGGAUUCUCAUUUUAUAUUUCAUUCUUAAACAUGGCUCUGUUAAAUGGAGAUUCUAAGUUAAAAGCGUACUCGGUGCCUAAUGUCACAAACAUUGCAGAAUAUUUUCCAGAUCUUCAUUAUGACGCUACUUCUCUGCCUUCUGACGCUAACAGUUCUUUUGUUACUUUCAUCUACGUUUAGGAGCUGUGCAGUACACUUGUUUUUGGACAGUCAACAAAGUACAACAUAGAUGCUGAGUUUGCGAUUUUUUUUUGUCCAAGCAUUUUGGGGAAUUUUAAAGCACAACUGUUCUGUAUUAUUCCUUCUUGUAGCUUGUAUUUCUUCUUAAUGCUAUUUUUGUGCAGAAGCUUCAAAUAUAGACAAGGAAGAACUCAUGGCAAACAUUUACAAUCAACUGACUCCACUGUAAAUUUUAGGUUAGGAAUAUAACUUUGAAGAUAAUGUUAGACCAUGAUAGUAACUAUCAAGGUUUAAUUUAUUAAAAUAUAACAUUAUGAAAAUAAGGAUAUUUUUUCAAUUUAAUAUGCCUAAAAUGAUAUUAACAGCAAUAUAUGUAACACUGACGUGACUGUAAUCAGGUUUGGAAGAUUUCUGUGUUGCUCUGUACCUUAUUAGUAUUGAGGUUUUUCAGGUAAGUGAUCCCAUUUUAAUGUCAGAUGCAAAAGACUAUUAACAGCAUAUUUUGGCUAUAUGUUUAUUUAAGCUGACACGUGUUCCCAGAUCACAGAAUUCACAGAAUGAGAUCAUUCCUUCUAAGCAAUGACAUAUAAGUAUAAAGAAUACUCCCAUUCACUGCACUUUGCUAAAGGAAUUUGAUUUUAAUGCAGAGCAACUGUUCCACUGAUGUAGAAAGGGAGCAGGAAUCAGGAAAUCUGGGAUAGAUGACCAGGAAAUCUGGAGUCUGAGAAGAGAACAAGUAACAAGGAGGCCCUGAGAAAUAAACAGCAUUGAAGAAUCUAAAACAUAAACAUCAGGAUUGGAUUAGUGGCAAAUGCACUCCCGUGAUUAAGACUAUUUGCAUAAUUAUUUGCACAUAAGAUUACCCACUAUUUUCAACACUUAAAUUGCUGUCUCCUACACAAACACCUACUGUGUUUUUUCAUUGUUGACAACACUAGAUUUUACACAGACCAUAUAGUUUGGUAGUUUGGAGACAGUGUAGUGAAGACCUGACAUUGGAAUUCUAAUGACUUAUCAGUAGUUUUAACUUACGUGUUAAUAUGUCAUUUUAACAAGAUAAUUUUAACUUCAACCUGACUUUACAUGUCAAGAAAUAACUUUAUUGAAUAAUGUAUAUUUCAUGGUUUCACAAUGUCUCAAAGUGCUACAUAACCAGCAAUGUAUUUUCGAAGAGUAGUCACUUGCAAUUUAAGAAACCUGUUUGCCCGCAGCAAGGGUUCACACAUGGCAAUGAAUUAAAUCUCAAAUAAUCUGUUUUCAGUUGAGGUAUAAAUAUUGACCAGGUUUUGCAUUGAGCGAGAUUGCUUUGAGACAGGAACACACUGCAACUUUUAAGUGUUGCUACUGCCAGUCCUGUCUCACAACCUGACCCUGCAAGUCCAGAUAGAUUCUGUCUUAUGUUUUCCAAUUUAAGAUCGUUAAAAGGGCAAUUAAAAUAGCUAUUGCUGAUACUACUGCUGAAUGCUUAACAUGGGUAUUUUUAACUUAUAUCACUGCACGGAUCAGAAAUCCAGUUGAUACCUCACAUGAGUUUCUUUUGCAGAUUUUGAUUUCAGGACAUUGCCAAUUCCUUGCAAACUUGUUUCAGCUGAUAAAAUUACCUGCUUUGUGAAGGUAUAUUAUUCCUCUGUCCGUUAUUCCAA